CUUGACUGGGAAGGUCAACAGUAGCUGCGGGCGGCCCAGCACUCACUUCACGCCGGUGGUUGUCGACGCAUGCGCCUGACGGCUUCGACGGAGUUAGAGUUGCCGCUAGUUUGGGAAGCCCGUGUUUUGGGCUCAGCCUUGGCACACAUGCUCUGCCGGCUUGGUGGUAGGUGGCUGCGGCCGCUGCCUGUGCUGCAGCUCGGGGCGCAGGGUCCGCAGUUUGCGCAGGUCCCUAGUGGCGGUGGCGAGCGCUCCUCGGCGCCGGUGUGGGCGGUGGCUUCAGUCUCUGCAGUUAGCCCGGGCGGUGCGGGAGGCUGGUAUGAGGCCCUGGCCACGUCGGCCCCCGUGCGGGGCGCGGAGGAGCUGCUGCUCGGCGCACACGACGCCACGGGCCUGCCUUGGUGGAGUACCGUCGUCCUCACUACCGUGGCCCUGCGCAGCGCGGUCACGCUGCCCCUAGCGGCCUACCAGCACUACAUCUUGGCCAAGGUGGAAAAUUUGCAGCCAGAAAUAAAAAACAUUGCGAGUCAUCUUAACCAAGAAGUUGCAAUUCGUGCACAUCAGUUGGGGUGGUCCAAAAGAGUUGCCAGACUCACCUAUCUAAAGAAUAUGCGGAGGCUUGUUUCAGAGCUGUAUGUUCGGGACAACUGCCACCCUUUCAAGGCCACAGUGUUGGUCUGGAUUCAGAUUCCCAUGUGGAUCUUCAUGUCUGUUGCUCUCCGGAAUCUCAGCACGGGAGCAGCCCACGCAGAAGCAGGUUUUUCUGUUCAGGAGCAAUUAGCUACUGGAGGGGUCCUGUGGUUCCCUGACCUCACUGCACUGGAUUCCACUUGGAUUCUGCCUGUCUCUGUUGGUGUCAUCAACUUACUAAUAAUAGAGAUUUUUGCUCUACAAAAAAUCGGAAUGUCUCGUUUCCAGACAUAUGCUACGUACUUUGUUCGAGCGGUGUCUGUGUUGAUGAUCCCAGUGGCUGCGACAGUACCUUCAUCGAUUGUUCUCUACUGGUUAUGCUCCAGCUUCAUGGGCCUUUCACAGAACUUGCUGCUGCGUUCUCCCAGGUUCCGCCAACUUUGCCGAAUACCCGUGACCAAGGGAGAUUCAGACACUCCUUAUAAGGAUCUUUUUGCCGCCUUUUAUGCCAAGUUUAUUUCAAGAAAAUGACAUAUUUUUCAGCAGUUUUGAAACAAUUACAAAUAUCACUACCACUUUAAUAUACUUAGAAGAUUUAUUCAGAUAUGAAUUAAUUUGCCUUUAUUUAAAAUCAUGAACUCUGUGAAGUACUAUUGGUUAAAAUCCAGUUAUGUUUGACAACACUUAAAGUCUUUUAAGUGCUAGAAAUGUAGUGAUAUUAUGUUUAAUUGUGUCCUAAGAAUAUAAAAGUGUCUGGCUCUGUUUAUAAAAUUACAAUUUGCUAGAGGAAACUAGAACUUUGGAAAACAGAAAUAGAUAUUCAAUGAUGUCAAGUCGUAUUGAACAGUCCCACACAUUAAAACUUUAUAAAACAAAAGAAUCCAGUGAAGUGAUUCUUAACAUUUUGGAGGUGUGAGUGAUUAUAGGCAUGUUUGAGCAUCUGAUAAAACCAUUUUUCUCUUCAGAAAACUCACAAUGAACGGGCCGUCAUUGACCACUUACCCUGAAAUGCCUCCAGUAACUCCUGGCUAAGAAAUCUUAUUCUGAUGGAAUAUACAUUGACAAUGGGUUAAUGUGUGAUUUUUAAAAAUGGACUUGAGAUGCCUGGUAGUUGAGUAGUCCGUGCACGCAAGACGGCACCUCAUAUGGUAGGGGCGGCCUUUCAAACACACUCAGAGAAUACAAGAAGAAGUGUACAUUCCUUUUCCCAUCACCCAAAAGGUCUGGAAUACAAAGUAUGGAACUAAAUACUACUAGAGACCAAAGUGGAAAAUCUUAAGCAUUAAGUUCUUUGAGUCAAGGGAGGAUAAACCAGAAAGGAAGUACCUGUUAUGGAGGUGAUUUUAUAAACUUGUUUAUUUGAAAGGAUUAAGUACUCCAGUGGGUUAAAACUAUGGUAGAUGUUUAAUAUGGAAAAAUUCACAGGUAAUAUAAAUUGUGGACCCAUCUGUUAUUUGUUGAACUAAAAAAUGUGAUAAAAUUCUGGUUGAGAUUUUUAGGAAUAGAUUUGACAGGCAUUUGAGAAGAUUAUAAAUUGUAAGUUUUUACUGUAUUGGAGUAUGAACUAGAUUCCGAAAUGCCCUAUCAUUCCAUCUUACGUUUUUUAAUAAAAACUAAAGUGAAAUUAUUGAUAAUCAGCCAUUUCUUGAGUAAUAUCUGUUAUGUCUUAGCCAUUCUGGUUGCCAUAUUACUGCGACUGAGAACGUAGAGCAGUGGAGGCUAGGUUCUCUUCCUGACUUCCCAGCCCUGGCUUAUAACUAUCCUAUUGAGAAUACCGUGCUUCCCAGUAAGGAGUUAAAACUUAAUGUACAGUCAGUCCUCAUUAGCAGAUUUUAUAUUUGCCAGUUUGCCAACCUGCUAAAACUUAUUCGAACGUUCAGAUCAAUACUCACAAUGCUUCUGAUGGCAUUCUUGGGCAUGCACAGAGUAGCAAAACAUUCAAGUCACCCGAGGCACACUUUUCCCAGCAAAGUCAAACAAGGCAAUGCUGUGCUUUCACGUUUCAGUUUUCAAACUGUAAAUAAGUGUCCUUUUUCCUGUGUAUUUAGUGCUUUUUCCCUCAUUUUUGUGCUUUUUGUUAGAUAUUUCUCUAUUUACAACCCUCAUUUUUGUGCUUUUUGUUAGAUAUUUCUCUAUUUAAAAUGCCCUCCAAGUGUCAUGCUGAAGUGCUAGAUAGUGAAGUUUCUUAAGGAGAAAAUACCUGUGUUAGAUAAACUUCAGUUGUGAGUUUUGUUGGCCGUGCUUUUAAUGUCAGUGAGUUAACGAUACAUUGUAUUGAUGGUUGGUAAGCUUGUGACCAGAGGCUUGCAGGAACCAAGCCCUGUGGGAACAACAGUGUAAUAUUCACUGAUUCAGGCUUAGUUCUGACUCGACAGCAUAGCUACCUCAAGUAACUGUUUACAAGAUUUGCAAUCAAGGAAGCAGAGACAGAAAUGUGUGUGCUCCUUUAUAGCAAAAAGAGGGAAGGAAAUUUGAGAAAAAUUUUGGAUAUCUCUGGAACAAAUUGGCCCUUAGUCUGUGUAUUAUCAUUGUGUACUGAUUCAGAUAUUUUUCUCAUGAUGGGGUGAGGGAAUUUAGCCCACUUCCUUUGUCCUCAAAGAUGUUUAUCAUUUUCUGAAAAGCAAAAAAUAAAGGAAUGCUUGACUCCCCCUUUUCAAAUA